UCCGUUGCCAGUGCAAAUAAAAUCUGGAGACUAUGGACUUUUGCGUCCCAAAAAAGGUCAAUUUGGCUAUAUACAUGUACAGCACAUAUGUGUCAAGACUCGAGAGUUGAGACUAAUUUUUCACGUACUACAGAGCUGCCCGGGUGAAGCACGGUGCACCUGCAAGGCUGCAACCAUGGAGAAGAUGCACCUUGCCUACGUGCUCCUAUUUCUCUUUGCAGUCGUUCUCCUCCGUCUCCGGCGCCGCGUGGCUUCCCCAGCGAAGCCAAGACCCACGACGGCUCACUGCCCUCAUCCCAACCCAGUCCUGGGCAACACCCUCCAGUUCAUCCGCAACCGCCGCCGCUUCUUUGACUGGUACACCGACCUGCUCCGCGCUGCGCCCUCCGGCGCCAUCGAGGCGUGGGGGCCCUUCGGCGCCGGCCACGCUGUGACCACCGCAAGCCCGGCCGCCGUCGACCACCUCCUGCGUGCCAACUUCGCCAGCUACGCCAAGGGCGCGCGCUUCCGCGACGCCACGGCCGAGCUCAUCGGGGACGGGCUCUUCGCCGCCGACGGGCGGCUCUGGAGCUUCCAGCGGAAGGUGGCGUCGCACGCUUUCUCGUCGCGCUCUCUCCGCCGGUUCGCCGACGACGUCCUCGCCGUCCACAUGCGACGCCGGUUCCUGCCGUUCCUGGACGCCGCCGCCGCCGCGGGGACCGCCGUCGAUCUGCAAGACGCGCUGCGCCGGUUCGGGUUCGACACAAUCUGCCACGUCGCGUUCGGAGUCGAGAGCGCGGCACUCCUCGAGGGGGCGCACGACUCGCAGCACGAGGCGCUGUUCGCGGCGUUCGACGCGGCGCUCGAGAUCUCCUUCCGGCGGGCGCUGACGCCGGCCACGUGGGUGCGGAGGCUCACGAAGCUCCUCGACGUCGGCAAAUCGCGCCGGCUCCGGGAGGCCGUCGACGUCAUCGAUGGGUACGCCAUGUCCGUCGUCGAAUCGAAGGAGGCGCGUCAAAGAAACGGCCUCGAAGACAACGACAAGGACCUUCUGUCCCGGUUCAUGGCGGCCAUGGAUGAGGAGGACGGCAGCGAGCUCGGUGCUAUGUUCCCCACGCCGGAGGCGAAGCGUCGGUUCCUGCGGGACGUGGUGGUCAGCUUCGUUCUGGCGGGGAAGGACACGACGUCGUCGGCCCUUACCUGGUUCUUCUGGCUCCUCGCCGCGAACCCGCGGUGCGAGCGGCGCGUCCACGAGGAGGCUGCGUCGCGCGGCGACGGCGACGACUUGAAGGGCAUGCACUACCUGCACGCAGCGAUCACCGAGGCGAUGCGGCUGUACCCGCCGGUGCCGUUCAACGGGAGGGUCGCAGUGCGCGACGACGUGCUGCCGGGCGGCGCCAUGGUGCGCGCUGGGUGGUACGCGAACUACUCAGCGUACGCGAUGGGGCGGAUGGAGAAGCUGUGGGGCAAGGACUGCAUGGAGUUCGUGCCGGAGCGCUGGCUCAGCGACGGCGGCGAGUUUGUGCCGGUCGACGCGGCUCGGUACCCGGUGUUCCACGCCGGGCCGCGGGUGUGCCUCGGGAAGGAGAUGGCGUACGUGCAGAUGAAGACGGUUGCUGCGGCCGUGCUCCGGAAGUUUAGAGUGGACGCUGUGGCACCGAAAGCAAGCAUGGAGGCGCCGCCGGCGUACGAGAUGACGGCAACGAUGAAGAUGAAGAGCGGGCUGUGGGUGCAGCUCAAGAGGCGGGAAGAGUCAGCUGAGUGAUGCUAGUUGUUCUUAGUUGACCAGGUCCACGAUGAGAGAAGACUUUGACCAAAUGUCAGAUCAGCUGGCCAAACGAGGACCAGAUUUCUAUUGGAUGGAUGAUGUGUGAAGCAAGCUAUGUAGACAAUAUGUAUAGGAUGUAAGUUUUGUAUUUUUUUAUUAGGUUGAUCUAAAAUUUUUAAAAAUAAAGUAAAGAUUUACCCUA